ACCCGUGUUCUGAACAUGGCCACCUCUAGCUGCAUCCUGGUGCUCACGUUAGCACUUGGCUUUUUAACAGUAACAGAAAGCAAAGUGUUGAAGACGUCAACUACACCGGCUCCGAGGGAUUCGCCGUGCGUCAAGGGGUUUUCAGCGUCAAAGUACACAGCCACAAUUUCUGAAAAUGUCAACUACCAAUUAACCCCUGUACCAGUUUCUCCUGAAAUUAGAGCCUGCCGUACUGACACCAAGGUGGUCUACGACAUUGAUCCUGCAACGUCAUCGGACGUGUUCUUCAUUGACAACAGAACGGGUUCUAUCUACAUGACCCAUCCCUUGGACUACGAGAGUACAUCAAGUCACCGUAUAGAUCUUCUAAUACAGGAGACCCACGCUACUGGAAACGACGAUGGGAAUGCUCUUCUCAUCAUCGACGUCUUGGACGUGAACGACAACAAACCCGUGAUGACGCAACCCGUCUACACCGUCCACAUCUCGGAGAGCAGCGUCAUAGGGCUUCGUCUACUCACGGUAUCAGCAACAGAUGCUGACUCGGGAAACAACGCUGUUGUAAAGUAUAUACUUGACACACCCUCCUGUCCGAUUAGGCUGGACACUAUCACGGGGGAAGUCGAUCUGAUCCAGGAAGUUGACUAUGAGCUGGUGCACCAAUACAAUUGUGUGGUACACGCUCAGGAAACGCUUACCAGGGAACGUUUUUCAAGUAAACAAUCGACAAUAGUUAUCAAACUUCAUGAUGUCAACGACAACAGCCCCAGCUUCACCUCGGACAUGUACGACUUCGUCAUGACAUGGCCUCCCACAAAUGGCAUAUAUGUUGGAAAGGUCACCGCCCACGACAAAGAUUCUGGUGAAUUUGGAAGGGUUAACUACACCAUAGAAAACCCCGUUGACUCUUUCCUCUCUAUUGACCAAGAUGGAGCGAUCCGCGUCAAGGACGCUUCCGUGGAUGUUCUGCAGAAAAACAGAAACUACACCUUCCUUGUGAUGGCCAGAGACCAUGGCAAAAACCCACGUAUGGGCCAGUCACUGGUGCUCAUGAGGAUGAUCGAAGGCUACAACCGCUGGUUCUUCUACAAUUCCUCAUACAGAUUCCAAAUUCCAGAGAAUACGCCAUCAAACGCGGAAGUUGGGUUGGUGACUGUGAACUCCAGCCACGUCAAAUACAGCUUCCAUCAGAAGUACACAGACAAGGACUUUCCCUUCGUCAUCACCCAAGAUGGCGGCUCCAUCAGGCUCAAUACGCCGCCGAAUUCGCCGGUAGAUCAUGACGGACUCCAUAACUCUUCUUCUUCGAGGUGGCAGCCACAGACGGUAUCACGACCUUAUACACCAACGUGA